AUGUUGGGGUCGCUAAAGCCUUUAGCGGCUAUUGUCACAAAAGCUGGUAAAAGUGCAGAUAUCAGUAACAGGAAUAAUACAGAUUUUAUUUGCUCUAAUGCUAGUCCAAAGCUUCAGGUUUCAGCAGCUCACAGAUGUAGAAACAAUGCUGAAUUCACAGUCCAAACUGUGCAGCUGAAGGGCACAGUUAAGCUUGUCUUCCAACCUGCAGAAGAAGGAUAUGCUGGUGCCUCCUAUAUGUUAGAAGAAGGUGCAUUAGAUGGGUUUAAAGCAAUAAUUGGCUUGCAUGUCUGGCCAUUUAUGCCCGUAGGCACUAUUGGUUCGAAACCUGGUCCUAUUAUGGCUGGAUCAAGCAGGUUUACUGCAGUAGUGCAAGGGAAAGGCGGCCAUACAGCAACACCACAUAAAACUAGGGAUCCAAUGUUGGCUGCUUCUAUGGAAGUUCUUGCACUCCAACAACUCAUUUCUCGAGAAACUGGUCCUCUAGAGCCUAGGGUUGUCUCUGUUACCUUUGUAGAUGGUGGUCAAGCUGGAAAUGUAAUCCCUGCAAGUGUAAGCUUUGGUGGAACCUUCCGGUUCAUGACAUUAGAAGUAUAUUCCUAUCUUAAGCAGAGGAUCAAAGAGAUCAUUGAGACUCAAGUAGGAGUACAUCAAUGUUCUGCCACCAUUGAUUUCAUGGAGGAAAUGAGGCCAUAUCCUCCAACUAUAAAUGAUCCCACUAUCUAUGGUCAUGGUAAAAGAGUUGGAGAAAUCUUGCUUGGCGAGAAUAACGUGCAGCAUUCCCCAGCUUUAAUGGCUGCAGAGGACUUUGGGUUCUAUUCCCAGAAGAUGCAACUGCAUUUUUUCUUCAUUGGGAUUGACUGA